AGCACAGCAUCGACACGAGAGAGUGAGACUGUGAGUGAGUAAGAUUCAAGACACUGCAGGCAGUGUCCCCGAUGCAGCCAAGCUACCCAUCAUGGACUCCGAUAAUCCACUACAUCCUGUGAACCUCCUCGCCGCCCGCGCCGACAGUUCCUCCCGUCCAGCCUCCUACAAAGCCAUCGGUAUCUCUCUCGCCAUUGCCUCGGGCUUCUUCAUCGGUGUCUCCUUCGUACUCAAGAAGAAAGGUCUCCUCCGCGCCAACGUCAAGUACAAUGAAGAAGCCGGCGAAGGGUACGGAUACCUGAAGAACCUCUUCUGGUGGGGCGGCAUGACCCUGAUGAUCAUCGGGGAGCUGUGCAACUUUGUUGCCUAUGCUUUUGUCGACGCUAUCCUCGUGACGCCGCUGGGCGCACUGACGGUCGUGGUGACCACCAUUUUGUCGGCGAUCUUCCUGAAGGAGAGGCUGAGUUUUGUUGGGAAAGUAGGCUGUUUUUGCUGCAUCUUGGGCAGUGUGGUUAUUGCGUUGAAUGCGCCGGAGCAGUCGUCGGUGAGUGAUAUCCAGGAAAUGAAGAGCUAUGUCAUUGCUCCGGGGUUUUUGUCCUAUGCUGGAGUGAUUAUCGUGGGGUGUAUCGUCACAGCGGUUUGGUUGGGGCCUAAAUAUGGCAAGAAGAGCAUGUUUGUGUAUAUCAGCAUUUGCUCGUUGAUUGGAGGGUUGAGUGUCGUGGCAACGCAGGGUCUGGGGUCUGCUAUCCUGGCUCAGAUAAAUGGCGAGGCGCAAUUCAACCAGUGGUUUAUGUAUGUCUUGCUGGUGUUUGUUAUUGCGACGCUGUUGACUGAGAUUAUCUAUCUCAAUAAAGCCCUCAACAUCUUCAACGCUGCGCUGGUCACCCCCACCUACUAUGUCUUCUUCACCAGCUCCACCAUUGUCACCUCCGCCGUGUUGUUCCGCGGCUUCAAGGGCUCCGUCUCCUCCAUCGUCACGGUCAUCCUAGGCUUUCUGCAAAUUUGCGCCGGGGUCGUGCUGCUGCAGCUGUCCAAGUCCGCCAAAGACGUUCCCGAUGCCGCUGUCUUCAAGGGUGAUCUCGACCAGGUGCGCGAGGUCGCCACGCAAGAAGAGCCUGAAUUCGAGCCCAAGGCCGACUCCAUUCGCGCCACUGCCGCCAUCAUUCGUCGCCUCUCUACCCCACGUCGCCAGAUGGAAGCCGAGGAAGCCCGGCGCUACUUCCACGACCGCGCGGAGGACAUGAAGCCCCCAGCGGAGAAUGAGGUGAUUGAAUGGGACGGGCUGCGCCGGCGCAAGACCGUCCUCGGCGAAGGUCCAACCACCCUGGGACGCACGCGAACCCUUCGCAACCCCUCGGUCAAGUAUCCCGUUCCGCCACUGGGCAUGUCGCACGUACCGGAAGAGCGACCAGACGAGCCUGAGCGACCCGACACGAAGCAGAGCAGCCAUUCCUUCCUCGACGACCUGCGAUCCCGCGCCUCGAGCCUCUUCCAUCCCGCCUGGCAGCCCAUUCAAGAUGAACAUGCCACGCCGGACCCUGUUACCAUGACGGCUUUGUCUGCCCACAAACCGCAUCCCGACACCCGCUACCCGCAGUCCAUCGCAGACGACUCGCGCAGCCACACGCCAUGGGGAGAAGAGCGCGGGGCCCCCUCCCCGCCACCCCACGGCGGCGCUCGACGCCAAUUCUCAUUCAACACCAUGCUCCACCGCAUGAAAACAGGCCACGAAGCAACUGCAUCGCGAAGCAGCAUUCCUCCCCGACCGCCUCGCCACCGGGCGCAGUCCGUCACCGAAGAAGAACGCCUCGGCCUCGUGCGCGGCGACUCCCGCGGCGAGACAGCACCGGACGACGAUGUGGACGAGAAGCUCGACCGAUUCGACUCACACGAUGGUACAUUCGACGACGGACCCGGCCGAUUGCCUUCCGGGUUAAUGCAUUCGCCGGAGCUAUACCCCGCCCGGCUGCGCGUCAACCCGCUUCCACCGCUUCCGGACGAAGAGCCGCUUGAGGAUCCGUAUGCGCCGGUGGAUAUGGGCCGGCGCGGAUCGCAUAGUAGCGCGGGGACGCUGUCGUCGAGCGGACGGAGUAUGGGCUGGCGCAGACAUGGAUCGGCGAGUAGUGGAGGCAGUGUGCAACUGCCCGGGAGACGAGGAGCAUUCAUCUAACGAUAUUGAUUGGACAUAUUUUGGGAUGUAUGAUAUGAGAUACGAAGAUAUGAUAUGAACAGGAUGAUAUUAAUGUAUAUAGUAUGAUAGAUAGAUAAUGUUAUGAAA